AGGAAACAGAAGUGGUGGAGAAGCGGAAGUGGUGCUGAGAGAGAGAGAGAGAGAGAGGGAGAGAGAGAGCGAGCGAGCGAGAGAGAGGGAGAGAGAGAGAGCGAGAGAAGCAGGACUUAAAGUCGACAAUAUUUUUAGAAAAUGGAUAAGAACGACCUGGUACAGAAGGCCAAGCUCGCAGAGCAGGCGGAGCGCUACGAUGACAUGGCUGCAGCCAUGAAGUCGGUGACGGAGCAAGGUGUAGAGCUGUCAAACGAGGAGCGCAACCUUCUCUCUGUUGCCUACAAGAACGUGGUGGGAGCGCGCCGCUCAUCCUGGCGAGUCAUCUCCAGCAUCGAGCAGAAGACCGAGGGCAACGACAAGAAGCAGCAGAUGGCACGUGAAUACCGGGAGAAGAUUGAAGCCGAGCUCCAGGAAAUCUGCCACGAUGUGCUCGGGCUUCUGGACAACUUUCUCAUUAGCAACGCAACUGCAGCUGAGAGCAAGGUGUUCUAUCUGAAAAUGAAAGGCGACUAUUAUAGAUACCUGUCCGAGGUUGCAUCUGGGGAUACUAAGAAGGAUACGGUGGAUAAUUCCCAGCAGGCGUACCAGCAAGCCUUUGACAUCAGCAAGGGGGAGAUGCAGCCAACGCACCCGAUCCGGCUUGGCCUGGCCCUCAACUUCUCAGUCUUCUACUAUGAAAUCCUCAACAACCCGGACCAGGCCUGCGCCCUGGCCAAGGGGGCAUUUGAUGAAGCCAUCGCCGAACUUGACACGUUGAACGAGGAUUCUUACAAAGACAGCACCCUGAUCAUGCAACUACUAAGGGACAACCUGACCCUGUGGACAUCAGAAAACCAGGCAGAUGAGGGAGAGACCGGAGACGGGGAAAACUAAUGGAAUUGCACUGUUAAUCCACCUACACUCUUAUCUUAAACACAGACAGCAUAUAUACAUCCCCCUCCACUCCAUCAACUCCUCCCACUUCUGUAUGACAAGCAGCCUGAAUUGCUCCCGACAAACUAGUUCACCCCUCUCAUGUGACCGGGUCAUUUUCAGUUAGCAGAUUCACUCACUUUGUGGAAACAUGUUGUAAUGAUUAGUGAGUCCAUGUUGCUGUUGUGUGUUUGUAUGUAGUGCGAGAGCAAGCGUGAAAGUGCGUCUGUGUGUGUGUGUGUGUGUGCGUGCGUGUGUGUGUGCGCGUGUCUGAGGGUGGGAGGGAGCUGGUUGUUGUGGAUUCUAAUCGUCCUUCCAAAUCCCUUUUGUCCCAGCUAGUUAAUUGUGCUCUCUUUUUCUUUUUUCUUUUUUUUUUUGUUUGUGUUCCUUUUCUCUUUUGUGAUUCCUCGUGAUAUUUACAGGUUUUAUUGUAUGGUAAUUAUACUGGCAGUUGAUUUCCACCAAACACUGUGAUGGUAGGCGUUCCACUUGCUUCACAACAACCCUAAAACCUUUAUUUUGUUUUCCUGUUUUGAAUUUCCAGGCACACGUACAAUCCUGUAUUAACAACCAACUGCAAUUCUGCUGUGGGCUCAUACAGAAAGGAGGCAGGCUGUAUUGUGACACUGACAUCUUGGUGUAAUGCUCCUUGGUCGUGUUCACAAAUUCAGUUUUCAAAGUUUUAAGGGACCCCUUAAAUUGUCAGGCUUGAUUUGUUCAGACAUUCCACAUGAUUAGGCUUUCGGAAAGGCAGUACUGUUUUUUUUUUUUUUUUUUUAAUUUGUAUGUUUUUUUUUAACUUAGUACGGAUUGUUAUUGUAGUUUUACUCACUGUUCAGGUGCUGCUUGAUCUCAGUACAAUGGAAAUUGUAUGUGCGUAAAUGUGGUUCCAUGUAUUUUGCAGGAUUGACUAUCAUCUGUAUGUAAAACCUAAAGUAACCUUUUUAUUGAUGUUAAUUGAAAAUGUCUUAGCACACUGUAUCAACCCUGCUUGCAAAAUAUUCCUCUUAAAGCGGUUGUUUUCUCCAGAAAGAAAAAAAAAUCUUUUCCUGGCUUUCUCUUGCAGCCUCUGAGGCAAAUCUCAAAGGGAAAGCGUAAGACCAGACAAACUUAGAUAACUAAAUCCUGACGUCAGUCUGCUUUCAAGGAUAGCUGGUGUGAACAAAUGACUUCAAAAAUCAUGUCUGUUUUGAAGGUGCAAUUUGGGAAAAGUCCAAGUCCUCACUUUGGGAAGAAGCUCAGUGUCACAAUACCAUUUUUUUUCACCACUACAUUCCACAUAUUGUAGUUGAAGACACCAUUCCACAUUAUAGCUGACAGUCUGUUUACUCUGAAAAUGCUCCAAUGAAUUGAAAUAAUCUUCUGUUGAGGAAAAAAAAAAUCCAUGUCAGUUUAUUAUUAUGCUUGAUGAAAAUGCAGUUAGUGAAUGUGGAACGAAGCCUGUCUGUAUAUCAGGUAUCUUCUUGCUUUGUUUUUACUGACAAGUCUUCUGGCUAAAAAAUUUGCUUCUGUAACAGUCUAUUACCCAGUGCACACACGUGGUUGUGAAAAAUUUAGAAUAGCUCUAAAAAAGCAAUGACAAAAUGGAGAUAAACAAUGGUUGGUGUAAUUCUAGCUUUGUGUUUAUGUAUCUUAAUACCAUUCUAGUUUCACUAUACAUGUAAGAAAUAGGAAAGUGUCAAAGACCAUCAGUGAAAUAAAGUUUCGUUUAAGAUAACAGACAAA